AUGCUUUGGCAUUCGACCGCUCACGCUAUUAACGAUUUCCAAGCGCCAAGCCCCUCUACAUUGGAUUUCAUCAGCACAGCAGGCUUUCCACGUCAUCCACCAGGCUACGAAUCGAGCAUUUCUCAACAUCUGACUGAUUAUUGUCGGAAUGCGGGUAUCAAAGAACCACUUAAUGCCUUGGUGGAAUCGGUACUUUCCCUGAUUGCCGACCUGAACGUCUGGUUCAGUGAUCCUGAGAGCCCUCUGGACCCUCUCGAUAUUCAGAACUUUGCCUGCGUCUUGGAAUGCUCUCUGCUAACAUGGCUGCGCAAGAACGAACAUCUUGUCACUCCUCUCGAAGACGCGCUAUGCGUUGCGCUACUCAUCUUUACGGUGCGGACGACCGAAGCGUUUAAGCUACAGUCUCACGUCCAUUUGCUCCACUAUGCAGCGAGCAAGCGACUGGAGAAAGCCCUGAACUGCACUAUUCGCACCGAGUGGCAGCAUUGUCCCGACCUUCUACUCUGGAUACUCUCCAUCGGUGCGAUAUCAGCGGAACCCUCGCCAGACAGCACAUGGUUUGUGUAUCAGACCUCGCUUGCCUGUGCAGAAUUUGACAUCCCAUCGGCGGAAGCGCUUCUCGAACGACUCCAUCUCUGCGGCUGGGUUAGCUACAAGCUCAACGACGCUGUGUGUCAGCUAUGGGCCAGGGUUGUGAAUCUCAGGCUUGCGCCGUUUUUCGAAGCGCCCUUGAAAGCUGAAGACGCCAACAGCCCUGUUGGACCGCUGCAGCACCAUGUCGCCGAGCCCGAUCUCAACGCUUGGGAAAGUAUCGACUGGGCUGCCCUUAAUUUGGGCCUCGACGACGCGGACCAAGGACACGCAAACAACCCUGGCAAUGGAGGCGCAUCGGCGGAGCCGCAAGGCUCUGGAGUACCAGACGACCCAUCUUAUGCUUUCGGGAGUGGCUACGGAUUUACAUGUAUGUACGACUUUCGAGCGCUCUAA